GAAAAAGGAAAACAUCCUUCCAUUUUAUCCUCAACACACCAACAGAAGCAGCGACUUAGAGCCUUUCUCUCUCAAACAUUCACCAAAAUCUUUGUGGAUGGGGAUGUCUUCUGCCUCCAAUUCUCCAUCCUAAACAAAGAAAACUCGAUUCCCAGACAGCUCUUCCAUCCCUAAUAGGUUCCCAUUUUAGUUAAUAAUAAAACCAAGUGUUUAAACUACUUUCAACUAUGUCCUUCCUUACUUCUAUUUCAUCUCCUCCACAAAUUAACUCCCUUUUUUGCUCUCCAAUUUUCUCUCUUUACCGCUUCCAUUCUCCUUUAUUUUCUUCUCUAUAUCACCGCAAACAAAGUUAUGGGAGUGGGAGGAUUAUAAGAGAGUUGGGGUUUCUGGGUGAUUUCAGAGGUAAAGGGAGGGUGACUUCUGGUUCAAUGGGGAAAGAGAAAGGUGGGUUCUUUUGGGUUUCUUCUCCUUGUAGUUCUGGAGGGAGUUGUAGCUGUAGCAGUAGCAAAGGAGAUGAAUUUGAGAGUGAAGAAGAUGAGGAGGAAGUCGAUGAUGAAGAAGAAGGUGCUCGUUCGUUUUGUGUUUUGCCUGACAGAUGGGAUGUUCUUGGCCUUGGUCAAGCCAUGGUAGACUUUUCUGGUAUGGUUGAUGACGAAUUCUUGGAGAGAUUGGGAUUAGAGAAGGGAACCAGGAAGGUUGUAAAUCAUGAAGAGAGGGGUCGAGUUUUGCAGGCUAUGGAUGGUUGCAGCUAUAAGGCAGCAGCUGGAGGAUCUCUUUCCAACAGUUUGGUGGCAUUGGCAAGGCUUGGUUAUAAGCCCAUUGGAGGUCCUGCUUUAAAUGUAGCUAUGGCAGGCAGCGUAGGUAGUGAUCCAUUGGGUGGCUUCUACAGGGCUAAACUACAUCGGGCAAAUGUGAAUUUUCUUUCUGAACCUAUCAAGGAUGGAACAACUGGAACAGUGAUAGUUCUCACAACUCCGGAUGCUCAGCGCACAAUGCUUGCUUAUCAGGGUACAUCAUCGACUAUUAAUUAUGAUUCUUGCCUGGCUGGCAUAGUAUCCAAGACUAAUAUAUUUGUUGUUGAGGGUUAUUUAUUUGAACUUCCUGAUACGAUCAAAACUAUUAUACGAGCAUGUGAAGAAGCGCGCAGGAGUGGUGCCCUGAUAGCUGUCACCGCAUCAGAUGUCUCCUGCAUUGAGAGACACUAUGAUGAUUACUGGGAAAUUUUAGGGAAUUAUGCGGAUAUCUUGUUUGCAAACAGUGACGAAGCGAGAGCUCUAUGCCAUUUUUCUUCAAAGGAAAGCCCAAUUUCGGCAACAAGGUAUCUUAGCCACUUUGUUCCCUUAGUGUCAGUUACGGAUGGACCUAAAGGAUCUUACAUAGGUGUAAAAGGAGAAGCUGUAUAUAUUCCUCCUUCUCCAUGUGUACCAGUGGACACAUGUGGUGCUGGUGAUGCAUAUGCAUCUGGUGUUUUGUACGGCAUACUACGAGGUGUGUCGGAUUUGAAAGGUAUGGGUACAUUAGCAGCUAGGAUUGCAGCGACAGUUGUGGGGCAACAGGGCACACGACUUAGGGUUCAGGAUGCUGUUGUUCUGGCGGAGUCAUUCGCAUUCAACCUCAAGGGUUCUAGUUCUAGUGUGAGUUCGGAUGUAGGCUCGGAUCAUAUAUCCAGCUUGUGACGUGGUGCCAUGCACUAUAUAUUGAUUCCUCCAUUCAUUCAGAUCUCAUUGUUUAUUAUAGCUAGUAACCUUGUAUAUUACCCUAAAAAACACGUCUGGCGUCAUAUAUGCCUUGCCAUUGAUUCACUCAUUCCAAUGUCAUGCGGUAUCAAUGGUAUAAAAUUAUUCAUCAAA